AUGGUGGUGAAGUGUCAUGGCCAGCAGAGGGAGGUGACCCUACAGCCCCAGUCCUGCAGCCGGCUCCAGUCCCACACGGCGUACGUGAUCGGCGGCGUGAUCUCCUUCACGCUGGUGGUGGCGGUGGGAGUGAGGAUCGCCUUCAGUAAAGUGGCUCGAAGACCAAGGAACAGGGACAACAACGUGCCCAGGUCUCUGGUUGACAUCUUGAGGCACCAGUCCAGUCCUGUUCAGCCCGGAGAGAGGAACAACACACUCCUCAGCAGCGGCACGGCACCAGACGGACGCACAACCAAGAACAUGUACACACCUGUCCUACCGAGCAAAGACAACCGCACUGGGACUUUGCCUCACUCUUUUCCCCAGCAGGGGGCGCCCUCCAGCCCCAAACACACAGCCACCAUCGAGCGCGGCCCACGGAUGAACAACUCUGCGCAGCUGCCUCCCGGCUCGGGCAUAUUGUCGGGCAGCAUUAAGGGUCCUGGCCCCAGCGGCAUCAUGGGAAGUGGGAGCACGAGGCACAACAGCAGCCACCCGUCCUUCUCCCACUCCUUCCACAACCUGGCCCAGCUGCCGCCCUCCUACGACGCCGCGGUGAAGCCGGAGAUUAGCCGCUACAGCUCCCUCAAGAGGCUGGAGAAAGAGUUUGACGAGUACUCCAGUUACCACUCGUCCAAGCGCCGACAGAACAACGCUCCUCCGUCGUUCCACUCGUCGCAGCACCACCUGCCCUGGGGCGGCGACUACACGCUGGGCUCCAGGGGGACUCUGCCUCUGCACGGGUCCAGACCGCGGCUGCACAUCCCGGCCUCCACCCCCAACCCCUACCCCCUGCCCUCCCAGAGCCAGUACACCAGCUCCAGCUUCGACAGGCCCCCGCGACGUGUGCGAUCCCAGGACCAGCUGCUGGCGCUGGGGGAAGGAAACACACUGUCCCGCCUCUCCAAGAACCAGCAGCACCAGUACUAUAAAGCCAUGAUGAGCACCAGCCGCAGCGCCAACUCACAGACACUGCGCAGGUCCCAUGAGCGGCUGCUGGUGUCCCCUGACCGCCUGGAGGAGCGCCUCAUGUCAAUGGGGGUGAUGGGGGCUGAGCGCUCCAUGGUCCCUACCAUGGGGCGCCUGUCGCACCAUCAGAAGGCUCAGUCUCAGCAGAACAUCUGUGCGACGCCCUCCAUGGACCGCCACCACAUGAUCAAGAUGAACUCGCAGCCGUCCUCCGGUCAUGAGCACGAGCGCGGCUCCAGCGCGCCCUCGCACUGGGACCCCUACAGCGGUUCCAUGGGGCCCCCCAACGCCCGCCGCAUGGCCUUUGCCAACAAGAGGCAGAACACCAUCGAGCAGCUGCACUUCCUGCCGGGGGGAGGGCAGGGGCUGCGGACUGGCAGUAAGAACGAGGUCACUGUGUGA